AUGUCUACAAGCGCGCAGGAAUUCGCAAUACUCGAAGAUCUACUUUUCGUCAUGAUUGGCAUACCCGGCGAGUACGUCCACCGUAGUAGUACUGAGGGGCAUAUGUGGAGGAUAGACAGAUCACUAGACAAGAGCCUAUCAGACCUAACCAAACGUCUGCUACCGUUGUGCGAGCAUUUCACAGUACUCGAUGAAUACACCCGCGGGAUAGCGUAUGGCCAGGAGGUUAUGGCCGGGGAGCAUGAACUG